AUGAUAAAGUUUUGGAAAAGUGCAGCAAAAGGCAGAACUGGAUGCCCUGUUAGGCCACCUGAAGAUAAUUUUGUAAAAAAUGUUCAUAUCCCUGAUCUUGAUGUUGCUAUAUUAGGUGAAAUAAAUGAUGUGGCUGAGGUGUUUGAAAAAAAGUCAAAACUAUGUUUAAAGUUAAAUGACAUUUUAAAUGAUAAAGAAUCUUGCAAAAACUUCAUGCUCUUUAUGGAAAUUUCUGGAAAUCAAUUGGUUUUGAAGUGUUGGUUAGAAUUUGAAUAUUUUCGAUUAAAUGUGUUAUCCCACUAUAGACAUGAAGCAAACCAUAGUAAAUUGAGUCACACCAAAAGUUUGGAUAUUUACUGUACAUGUGACAAAGGCAAUUUUACAGACCCUAGAUUUCAGAAAUGGAGAGCUAGUACUAGUAAUCUCGGUAAAUUACAGAAUAUACAUACAAGGAGUUCUUGUAGUAAUUUAAUAAGUAGUGAUCUUGAAACCUGUGAUUUUUGCAAAAGCAAACAAAAUAUGGAUCUGACCCAAGAGGCUGUAAAACUUUUCAAGAAGUACAUUGCACUAGAAGCACCGUGUCAGCUAGAUAUGCCAGAUAAGUUAAGAAAGAUAUUAAUAACAAAUAUAUGCCAACCCGAGGGACAAAUAAAAGAAGACUGUUUUGUACCGGUUCAGGAAUGCUUGUUCCAUUUAAUGGAAACAGUUUACUUUGCUGAUUUCAAAAAUCAUCCUCUGUAUACUAAGUCUCAAAUUGAUGUUUUAACCAGUGGCUCCAUUGACCUCAAAGAUAUAUUAUAUAAUGAAAGCAUAUUAUUUUACUUUACAGAAUACCUAGAACAAGAAUCUCGUAGUGUACUUCUUGAAUUUCUCAUGGCAAUUACUCACUUUCGAGAUAAUAUCAUUAACGGCAACACCUCACCUGACCAAGCUCAAACUGAUGCCAUCAUAUUGUAUGAGAAAUAUUUUUCACUACAAGCCACUACGCCCGUAGGCUUUCAAACUGACGUCAGAUUACAAAUCGAAAAUAAUAUUUGUAGAGAAGGAGGCACUAUUGCCACUUGCUUUGAUAUUCCAUAUGUUAUUGUAUAUCAUUCAUUAAAUACUUUUGUAAAAACCUUUUUAGAAUCCGAACUCUAUUAUACAUAUCUCUCGGAAAUGGUAAAAUCUGUAGACAUGCUUUCUCCAACUGGUUGCAAAUCUCAAUCGGAUUGCAGUAGUGAAUUCAGCAUAAGCACACACAACACUCUAUUAGCUAUGGGUGAUCCUCUCUAUAAGAAGAAACGGAACCUCUCUGUACCUGACAUGACAAUAGAUUCUAACCAAUUAUACAAUGCCGAUGCUCUAUGGCAAAGGAAAAAACAUGAUGGCCUCAGUCUAGGUAGAAUAAAUAGUUUAGGAAGAUUCGAAUCAAAGUUGGAGCCUGACCCGGAUAAGAGAGAUAAGUCAAUACUCAAAAAAAUGGUAAAUAAAUUUGUCCCCACGAGUACCUCUAGAGUUGAGGAGGAAAUGGCGUGGCAAAUAGCGCACAUGAUAGUCAAAGAUGUAACAGAUUUAACAAUGGCUCCACCUGAAAAUGAUAAUAAUAUGUGA